UAACCAAUCGAGCUGUGACAGCAGCAGCAGGGUUGAAUGGCAGAGUUGUCAAACCGGUGCUGAAGCCUGCAGGAGAGCUGACACCAUUCAGCCAACAGAAACCACCUGCAGCACCACGUCGGCCGAUCGCAGCGACCUUCUCCAGUCAAACUGCCACUAUAUUUCACGGUCUUUGUUUGUUUAUUUCAUUUCUUCGCCGCGUACAUGGAAAGAAGAAGCGACUUUGCAUGAAGCUUUACAGAAAGUAAAACCAAGAAGCCGACCGCGAGGAAAAAUGGAAACGAAUGGACUCGAAAAGAAAGUGGACGGCAUGGAGGGUGAUCAGGACCUCCAGUUCCUCCUGCAGGGAGGAGACCUCCUGAAGGUCCGCUCGCAGUCCUGGAAAAAGACUCGCUACUUUAAACUUCAGGACGACUGCAAGACCAUGUGGCGCGAAUCAAAGAGGACCUUCAGGAAGAAGCAGACCUGUGAGUGCUGCCCCACCACUUCACCUGAAUUCUUGCUGGACGACAUCUCGGUGGUGCGACACGGACGCCAGUCAGAGGGCUUGAAGAAGAACACGGAGGAGAAUGUGGAGGGCCGCUGCUUCUCCAUCAUGUUCAAAAGUCAACGCAAGACCCUGGACCUGAUCGCCAGCUCAGAGGAGGAGGCCAAGCAGUGGGUCAGCAGCCUGCAGAAAGUGAUGUUCAACAUCAGCAACCUCAGUCACCAGCAGAAGACGGAGCACUGGAUCUACAGCUGCCUGAGGAAAGCAGACAAGAACGACGACGACAAGCUGAGCGAGUCCGAGGUCAAACGCUUCCUGCGUCUGAUAAACAUUGAAGUGGAUGACGAUUACGCCGAAAUGCUUUUCAAGAAAUGUGACAAAUCCAACACUGGCUUACUGUCCGGAGAGGAGAUCGAGCAUUUUUACGACCUGUUGACCCACCGCGAGGAAAUCGAUGUGAUCUAUGGAGCGUAUGCUAAAACCACCGGCUAUAUGAGCCCCCAAAACCUGCUGGACUUCCUGAUGAAGGAGCAAAGAGAAGAAGUCACUCUUGCCGACGCACACAAUAUCAUCAGGAAGUUUGAGCCAGAUGAAGGUGCCAAGGGGAAGCAGCUGCUGUCCAAAGACGGUUUCCUCAUGUACCUGCACAACGCAGACACCAUGGUUUUAAAUCCCAAACACAAGGAAGUGUACCAAGACAUGAGCCAGCCCCUCAACCACUAUUUCAUCUCCUCCUCGCACAACACCUACCUCAUGGAGGAUCAGCUCAAAGGGCCCAGCAGCACAGAGGCUUACGUCAGGGCCCUGCUGAAGGGCUGCCGCUGCGUGGAGCUGGACUGCUGGGACGGCUCGGAUGACGAGCCGGUGAUCUACCACGGCCACACACUCACGUCCAAGAUCCUCUUCAGAGACGCAAUUCAAGCCAUCAAGGAAUAUGCCUUCAAGACGUCUGAUUACCCGGUUAUCCUCUCCCUGGAGAACCACUGCAGUGUGGAGCAGCAGACCGUCAUGGCUCAUCAUAUGAACUCCAUCCUGGGGAGUGCGCUUAUCACCUCUCCCCUGGGUGAAGGCAUGCCCUCAAACUUCCCAUCUCCCGAGGAGCUAAAGGGGAAGUUUCUGAUCAAAGGGAAGAGACUAAACAAACUGGAGGCCAGCUUCGUGCAAGAUACUGCAGCUGCUGAAGAUACAGAUGUGACUGAGGAGGAAGAGUCGAAUGAUGAGGAUGAAGAGCAGCAGAAGAAGAGCAAGAAAAAGCUGAAAAUGGCCAAAGAUCUGUCCGACAUGGUGAUCUACUGCAAGAGCGUCCACUUCCACGGCUUCGAGGACGCCAGGAAAAACCUGGGUUUCUACGAGAUGUCGUCCUUCAAGGAGCAUAAAGCCAUGGGGCUGGCCGAGGAGUCGGCAAACGCCUACAUCCUCCAUAACGUGGAGAAGCUGAGCCGCAUCUAUCCAGCGGGAUCCAGGGCCGACUCUUCCAACUAUAACCCGGUACCGCUGUGGAACGCCGGCUGCCAAAUCGUCGCCCUGAACUUCCAGACCAGCUGCUCGGAGAUGGAUGUGAACCAGGGCAGGUUUCUGGUCAACGGGAAGAGCGGCUACGUCCUGAAACCGGCCUACAUGAGGGACCUGUCCUCAGAGUUCGACCCCAUCACCCUGACCCGGGGUGACUGGCUGAAGCCCAAAACGCUGCACGUCAUGGUCAUAUCUGGCCAGCAGCUCCCCAAAGUCAACAAGAAGAAAUCCUCCAUCGUGGAUCCGCUGGUUAAAGUGGAAAUCUAUGGCGUCCAGGCUGAUGUCGCAGAGAAAGAGACCAAUGCUAUCGAGAACAACGGUUUCAACCCGGAGUGGAAUGAGAACUUUCAGUUCGACGUGUACGUGCCAGACCUCGCUCUGCUCCGCUUCGUCGUCAAGGACUACGACUCCACGUCGGGCAACGAGUUCAUCGGACAGUACACACUUCCCCUCACGAGCCUACAAAUGGGAUACAGACACGUGCCUCUGCUCAAUAAGAACGGAGACCUCAUCCCCUCAGCCGGACUCUUUGUGCACGUCAUGGUCCUGGACGCUGAAUAACACCGCACCAAAUCUCUGCAGGACACGAGAAACUUUACCUUUUUUUAUUUUUAUUACUCAAUCAUGUUUUAUUGUUUUCUGUAGUUUAGUUUUACUUCAUGAUUAACUUAUUGGCUUAAUUCCAGUAGUUGGAGGAUGCGCUGUAGCAGGGAGAUGAAGCCCACAUCGCGGCGGAUGUUAGUUUUGACUGUCCCCUGACGCGGCGUGCGUUUGGAUGUACUGGGAGUGGGUAACUGCAUGAAAAAAGGAAAACUUUUAGACUUUUUAAUGAAUCACAAUACAGGAAUUAUCGCACAAAUUUUAGACGUUCUUAUCUGUUGCACUGAUGGUGAACUAUUGAGUUUGCAAAGGCAUUGAAUUUUUUUUUUUUUUUUUUGGACAUCCUGUCCCCAAUGUUCGGUCAGUUCAAUGUAUUGUCUGUUUAAAAUCAAAAUGACCACUUCAUGCAUUUAAGAAACAUGUGAGCCGAUACAAAAACUGUGCUUUUUAAAGACUUUUUGAUCAAGUACAAUUAUUUUGCAUGUAACAUAACUUUUUUUUGUCAAAAAUCAAGACACUAAACAUGUUCAACAUAAGCAGUCUUGCUUCCUUUCAUUGAACGUUGCAGUUAAAUUGUAUCCAAUUUAUUACCAGCUUUUUAAUUACUGAUUUCUUAACUUUUCACCGGUUUUGUGAGGAUAAAAGAAGCCAGCAGCACCAUCAGUCUGCAGCGUAUGAAGUUAAAAACAGCUUAAUGAUGAUGAACCUCAUCCCGCAGGAAUAAGGCCAGAAGAAAUGCUGCUUGGCUUUCUGUCUCUCAGGAGACCGAGAUAAUUAUCUGUGAACUUUGGGUGGACACACCCAGCAGAACUGAUAGUUGCAGAAGCUCUCUGCUUGCUGCUGAGCAAUACGGGAGCCGAGUUUGAAAUUUAUUAGCAAAUUGUUCUGGAAAAUUGCAUGAUUGCAAUUUGUUUUGCAAUCAAAUGUGGUUUAACUGCAGAUCAAAGGAUUGAAUAUUGCUCCCAAUUGGGAUAGUGUAACAUAAAGAGAACAAUUAGACUUGAAAGAAAAAAAAAAUGCUGUAUAGCUAGUUUUCCUGAAGAUGAUCAUUACAUUUCUCAGUUCUGCAGCCUGUGCAUGUAGUCGUCUGAAGCCCCGCUUGCACGGAAAAUCAGGUAAACAGAUCUUUAUUUCGUUUAUACGACACAGCUAUUAAUCAGCUGACAAGACAACAUUCCUCCAUAAAAUGUGCUUUAUUGAGGCAUGUCCGGAUAGAAAAAAACUUGACAGUUUGCCUUCAAAAAAAAAAAAGUCCUCAUACAAGUGACUUCAGCAACACGGUGACAAUGGAAACCUCAGCCACAUCAGUUUAAAGUGAUGAUCUUUGGCUUUAUUUCAUGUAGCAUAUCAGAUGUCACCAAAUAAAAAGACAUGACAAAACUGUUCCAAUGACACCUUUUAUUAAGUGGGGGGGGAAAAAAAAACUGACUCUCAGGAUGACAACACACUGCCAACACAAAGAAAGCCAACAGGAACCAACAAGUGUUAAAAAAGAAAGUGAAUAGAGAGAAGAAAAAAAAAAAAAAAGCACAGUGACUAAAACUCAAGUGUUUGAGAGCUUUGGCGUUAACCUAAAAACAAGAUGAGCGACGUGAUUAUGAGUGAGGUGAUACACAAAAGGAAAGCCGUAAGGAAGCACAGACGAGAUGCCUCUUGACACACACGGACACACACUUGUCCCCUGAAAGGGGAAGAAGAGACCUGACUGAGUUUUCUUACC